UUGAACCGGAAAUUCAACAGCAUCCCCGGUCUGGCAAUCGCUUCGUCUGUUUAUGUUUUGUGGGAGAAGUUUUGAUUUUUAUCUGUUUUAACCGCUCGAGUGCUAUCAAGCUGAAAACCGCCAGACGGUUAGAUUCUUAUUAAAAGACUCACAACGAAAUAAAACUGGCCCCUCCACUGCCUGUCACAAUGCCCGCCCUGCUUGAGAGACCCAAGCUGUCCAACGCGAUGGCCAGAGCUCUCCACAAACACAUAAUGAGGGAAAGAGAGCGCAAGAGACAAGAGGAGGAAGAGGUGGACAAAAUGAUGGAGCAGAAGAUGAAGGAAGAGGAAGAGAGGAAGAGGACAAAAGAGAUAGAGGAGAGGAUGUCCUUGGAGGAAACGAAAGAACAGGUGAUGAAGAUGGGGGAAAAACUUCAGGGACUACAAGAAGAGAAACAUCAGCUCUUUUUACAGCUCAAGAAAGUUCUCCACGAAGAGGAGAAAAGACGAAGAAAAGAGCAGAGUGAUAUUACAACUUUGACAUCAGCGAGUUACCAGCAGAGUCUGCCCAUGCACCCAGGACAGCACCUCCUCGGCAUUCAAGGCAAUCCAGUCAGCCACAGCAGACCUGGCCCACUGCUCGGAGAAAGGAGCAAACAGCUGUUCCCAGCUGCUGUCCUCCCUGCACGUCAUUAUCAGACGCCUGGCUUCAGCUCAGGCUCCGCAGAGCAUGGCCAGUUCAGCGGAGGUCAGGGGGUCCACGAGCCCUACGGAGUGGCUCAGGCUCAGCAUCCUUCCAGCUACGCCCCUGGACCCUCAGUGCCAGUCAGUUUCGCAAGCAGCUCUCAGAUCAGAGGUGCAUCCGCAUUUCAAGCAAUGCAGUACCUCCCUCACCAGCAGGCUGGUUACCCUGUUCACUUCACCUCCCAGCAAGGAUACAUCCCUGGAGCAGGAAUACCCCUGCAGAAGCAGCUGGAACAUGCUAACCAACAGUCGGGCUUUACUGACGCAAGUGGUUUGAGGCCCAUGCACCCCCCAGCCAUGCAUCCUUCCGCCCCAGGUCUGCUGCCCACAUCGUCGAUGGCGGUCCAGAUCCCUACUGCAAAGGCUCCGUUCCAGAGCUCUCCCCAGAGCGCUCCCCGUCAUAGCUUCCUGCCCCACAGCCAAAGCGGGCAGAGGUUUUACCACCACGGCAAGUAGAUGAUCAAACUCACCGGUGCUCAGAUUUCAGAACGUCACUCAAGAUUCUGGCGAUCCUGUUGGCGCUUAAAUAGCUUUCUUUCUUUUUUGUUUUUGUAAGUAGGUUGGAUUAUGCCACAUGAUCUGUUUUAUUCCUUGUAUAGUUUUUUUUUUUUUUUUUUUUUAGCUUUGUUUUAAUGUUGUUAAUAAGCUACUAAACAGCUCUUCAACAUAUGUGCUCUGAGCUUCAGACUCAUAUUUUACUUCAAUUAAUGUUGUUAUUUUACCUGCACUGUGAAGCCAUCAUCGAGGUGCUUAUGUGCGUUUAACUGUUAGUAACACUGAUAAAAGCCAGACUGCACGGUCCAGAGCCGGUCCUUCAUAUUCACAGUGACACCAGGGGAGUGUCCAGUGUGUCUGGAGUUCCUUUGCUCACUAUCAAGUAGCAGGAAGUGGAAGAGAACGUGUACAGUAUUUGGAUUAAAUUGAUGUUUCUGAUCUGUCUCUCUCACACACACACAUACACACACAUUGAUGAACACUACUACAGUCUAAAUACUCCAGGUUAACUGAAAGAUUGUUUCAAUGUGUUACCAGAAAGUAAGAGAGCCAUUUUCUGCCUCAAGUGUUUCCCAUCAUCCCUCACAGCUUCAAUCAGGUUUAGGUCUGGUCUAAUUUUUUUAAGCUUUUGCUUAAAUGUUGUUAAAUAAACAAUAAGCAACA